AUGGCAGCCCCUCAAGUCAUUGUGGUCGGCGGUGGAUUGUCUGGCCUGAGUGCCGCUCAUACCGUCUACCUGAACGGCGGCAAUGUCCUCGUUCUCGAUAAGCAGGCUUUCUUCGGUGGCAACUCAACCAAGGCCACCUCCGGCAUCAACGGUGCUCUCACUCGUACCCAGGUCGACCUCGGCAUUGGCGACAGCGUCAAGGCCUUCUAUGAGGAUACCCUCAAGUCCGCCCGUGACAAGGCCCGUCCCGACCUGAUCAAGGUCCUCACCUACAAGUCCGCCUCCGCCGUCGAGUGGCUGCAGGAUGUCUUCAACCUCGACCUCACUCUGGUCUCCCGUCUGGGCGGCCACUCCCACCCCCGCACACACCGUGGCCACGAUGCCAAGUUCCCCGGUAUGGCCAUCACCUACGCUUUGAUGCAGCGUCUCGAGGAGCUCGCCGAGUCCGAGCCUACCCGUGUCCAGAUCGUGAAGAAGGCCCACGUUACUGCCGUGAACAAGUCCGGCAACGACGUGACCGGUGUCACCUACACUCUCAACGGCGAGACCAAGACCGCCGACGGUGUCGUCGUCCUGGCCACCGGUGGUUACGCCGCUGACUUCAGCGAUACCUCUCUCCUCAAGAAGCACCGCCCCGAUACCUACGGACUGUCCUCCACCAACGGCACUCACGCCACUGGUGACGGUCAGAAGAUGCUGAUGGAGAUCGGUGCCAACGGCAUUGACAUGGACAAGGUCCAGGUCCACCCUACCGGUCUGGUCGACCCCAAGGACCCCACUGCCAAGUUCAAGUUCCUCGCUGCCGAGGCCCUCCGUGGUGAGGGUGGUCUCCUGCUCAACUCGGAUGGCCAGCGCUUCUCCGACGAGCUGGGCCACCGUGACUACGUCUCCGGCCAGAUGUGGAAGGAGAAGGAGAAGGGCAAGUGGCCCAUCCGCCUGGUGCUGAACAGCAAGGCCUCCAAGGUCCUGGACUUCCACACCCGCCACUACUCCGGUCGUGGUCUCAUGAAGAAGAUGACCGGCAAGGAGCUCGCUGCCGAGAUUGGCUGCGGCGAGGCUGCCCUCAAGAAGACCUUCGAUGAGUACAACCUCAUUGCCGAUGGCAAGAAGAAGGAUCCCUGGAACAAGAAGUUCUUCCACAACCUCCCAUUCUCCAUCGACGACGAUUUCCACGUCGCUCUCAUGGAGCCCGUCCUCCACUUCACCAUGGGUGGUAUCGAGAUCAACGAGCACGCCGAGGUCCUGAACGGCGAGAAGAAGCCCUUCAACGGUCUGUACGCUUGCGGUGAGCUGGCUGGUGGUGUCCACGGCGCCAACCGUCUCGGUGGUUCCUCCCUGCUGGGCUGUGUCGUCUACGGUCGUGUCGCCGGUGACUCUGCCUCCCAGCACCUCUUCAAGAAGCUCAUCUCCUCCGGCCCCUCCGGUGCCCAGCAGCGUCUCGGCCAGAUCUCCCUGCACAUUGACCCCUCCACCCCCGGCAAGAUCUCCGUCGAGUGGGCCGGUGCCCCUGCUGGCGGUAACCUGCCCAGCAUCGCCGCUGCCCCCGCUGCUGCCUCUGCUGCCGCCGCUACCCCCGCUGGCGAGGACACCUCUGCCAAGGCCGACCCCGUGGCUAGCUUCAAGAUCCCCGAGAAGGAGUUCUCCAUGGAGGAGAUUGCCAAGCACAACAAGAAGGACGACCUGUGGAUCGUCGUCAAGGGUAUUGUCCUGGACGUGACCAACUGGUUGGACGAGCACCCCGGCGGUGCCAACGCUCUGUUCAAUUUCAUGGGUCGUGAUGCUACCGAGGAAUUCGCCAUGCUCCACGACGAUGAGGUCAUCCCCAAGUACGCCGCCCAAACCGUCAUCGGCCGCGUCAAGGGCCAGACCCCCAGCCUGGAGUUGUAA